UAUUUUACUUUUCAGGCUGUAAUUACAUUACAACUAUUACACCGUUCUGGGCCCAUAACCUCUUGAGAUUAGAAUCAGUAUUCCUACUGGGAAUACUUGUGAUGUAAUUACAGCCUGAGAAGUAAAAGACGGGACACGCGGAAACACAGCUUCUAUAACAACGCGUAUUUUAUUCAAGAGAGAGAGAGCAGGGUGGCCAAUGACCUAAUACAAAAUAGCCUUGAGUAGAUGAUCCGUAGGUUCCAUAGACUUAUAAGAGUGACGUCACUCACAAAGCAGCUCAAGUCAGCUGUGAACCCCGACAGUUUUAUUUUCGCUACGAGGGUGUUGUGUGUGGUAGCCAAUAGCUCAAGCUCUUUUUAAAAAAACGAAGGAUAAUGGUUUUAGACUUGUAGCCUGUUAAUUGAGAGAAAUGAUGUCGGUCGCCCGAGUGAAGUUACUGUUUCGGGGAAUAAACCCGCACUCCAACCAUAAAUUAUACCAAGGAAAACGCCCGGUGACGAGCACUCCGUCGGGAAGUCUUCUUCCAGAACCGAAAAAAACACCUUUCGGUAUUCUAGGUAUUAUUUGUGCCGUCAUUCCCGGCCUUCUGAUCGGUGCGACCAUUAGCAAAAACAUGGCUAAUUUUCUUGAGGAGAACGAGCUCUUCGUACCGUCGGACGAUGAUGAUGAUGACGAUUAAGCUCAAACUUCGUAGUAUACCAAUGCUGAGACGCUUUAUCUGCUAAACUGCUUUAUAACAUGAGGACAACAUGGUCUGCGAUCUCAAUGAUUGGAAGAUUUCGAGGCAUGGUUGUUGACUUGUAUUUAUUUUUCUUUAAGUAUUUAUUUACAAAAAUGACAAAGUUUUAGUACGCAUAGCAGUAAUUGUACAAAUUACAAAUAUUUUCAAAUAUGUUCAAAUUGUUUAAAUAAAUAAAUUGAUGAUAAAUAAA